AUGAAGCCUUCAAGACCACCUGUUUGCACAAUUGCAAACCCAUUCAUUGUCUAUGAUCAAAGAGUACCCAGACCAAAUUCCACUAAAAAUACUACUGAGACUCGAUAAGUCAUUAGAUGCCUAUCUUCUAAUCAUGAGACUCAACAAGUCACUUAUGCCUACUUUCCAACAUAACCAAGAGCCUAAAGCCCAACUGCGAUGACUCGAAUCCCUCAUUAAGAACAAAUUAUUGUGAAUUAAUUUCAAAAUUUACCAGCUGAGAGCAUCCCGAUGCAACAUAAAAAGGCUAUAAGCGUGGAAUAUAACCCGAUACAAUAAGAGCAACAAUAGAAAUAUAUACAAGAAAUCAAUUAAAAAAAUUAAGCUAUUCUUGAUUUGUAAGAAUAGGUUUCUGAAUUGCAAAAUAGAUUAUCAGAAAAGGUUCAUGAUUACUCAUCUUUGAAAGAAAAAUUUGAUAUUGAAUUCAAAAAGUUUUAGGAGGAAAUGUAAAUCUAAAUAAAAGGAAUAGAUUUAAACAUUUAACUUAAUGAUUACACCACAUAUUUUAUGUAAGAAAUAGACAGAAAAGUACUCAAUUUACAAGGGAAUAUAAAUUCCUAAAUUGAUGAAAUGAAAGCAGACUUAGAAAAUAAGCUAAAAUAAAAUGAACAUCUAUCAAAGAACCUUCUGUCUAAUACAACACUUAGAUUAAAUUAAGAUGAAUAACACUUUUAAUAAGAACUCUAAAUUUUACAAAAUAAAUUAGAAUAAAAGAUUGACCGAAACAGAGCUGAAUAGAUUGUUGUUUAAUCCGUUACGAUCCUACAACAAUAAUACUAAACUCAAUUGCAAUAGGCUCAUCAAUUGAUAGCUAAAAUUAACUCAGAUAAAAACGAUGAAAUUAAUAAAAUUAGAACCACUAUUAAUAACUCCUUGAUUUAAGUCAAUCAAUAAGCAUAAAACUAAAUCGAAACGAUGCUAGAAAUGGUGAAAGAAAAUUCUCAAAGUUAAUAAACUGCCAGAUAAAACUCUUAAUAACUUAAAUAACAAUACAAUUCUCUAGUUUCUAAAUUUUCUUAAAUUUAAUAGUAAUUCACUUUAAAGAUUUAAGAAAAAGAUGAAAAAAUAAAAUCAAUCUUAAAAUAGAAUGAAGAACUCAAGAAAGAGAUUGAGUAGUCUCAAUUAAUCAUUUAGAAAUAGUAAUAAGAGUUAUAUAAAAUAUCAUAAAACAAUAAAAUUAUCAAAUCACCUUGUGUAUAAUAAAUACUAUCUCCUAAGAAUUUGAAAUCCAAUAGUUUUUACACCAAUUCAACAAGUGCUGGAUUAAACUUUACCAAAAAUAGACCUUAAAGUGUAUCUAAAAAAUUGAAAAAGUAGCCGAAUCCACGCUAAUUUGAGAUUAGUCUAGAAGAUUUUGUCGAUUUUAAUGAGAAUUCAAUUUUAGAUUCUAAUGACAGCAUCGAGUUUAUAACAGGAGAUGGUAAAUCAAGUAGAGUUCAAUCACCUAAAAAUCCUUUUAAAUCUUCAUAAUUAAUUAACAUUAAUAGAUUAUUGAACGAAGAUUUUGCAAAGGCACCAUAAAUUGGAAAUGCCUAAAAGAAGCAAUCCGAAAACAUACCCCCUUUAUAUUAAGCAAUCAAACGAAGAUUACUAUAUUUGGGCAAACAAUAAAAGACACUUCUAUGUACAUAUGCUGGAGAGCAAUUAUGUGAUGCGGAAAUGGGUAUGCAACUACUAGAUGACAAUGGAAAACCGUUCAUUAUUAGUGAAGCUGAAAAGAAUGAGCUAAUAGCAAAAUAACUUAUAUCACUAAUUUGA